AUGCCGCGAAUUCGCACGGCACAUAAGUUCAGCGAGAGGCACCGAACUGGUGAUGUCUUGGCCGAUGAACAAGUGGAUUUCAAGUCUCUUCUUCUUUCUCCUGAUGUCUUGAAGGGACUGAGUUCCUCUGGAUUCGAACGACCCUCUCCGAUACAGUUAAAAGCCAUUCCAUUAGGAAGAUGUGGCUUGGGUAUGUAUUGCUGUGGUUGUGCUAAAUUCGAAAACUGUUAGUGUACAGUGGUUGGGCUAACAUUGGAACCCUAAGGGCCUCUUUACACGAGUCUUGGCUGAAUUGUAGCCCAGGAUCAAUCACCGCAAAGAAUCCUAAACAUAUCCAAUUUACACUAACCCAGCUUGCCAGUCUGCAUGCGGCACCAGCCUUUGGUUCGCUUCAAGAUCGACUAGGGUCAGUCUUUCUCCCGUUGAAAAUCUGACAACACUGGCUAUAAGUCGACAAAAAUACGUUCAGUUUGACGGAAUGGUGGAAGAUCAUGAUGUAGAAACAAAAAAAAUAUAGAUUAUUUGAGUGCAAGUCCCAAGUUUAAUAGUUAAAAAAUAGAAUUCAAUUCCUUUUGAGAUUGUUUGAUAUCUUGUUUUGUAGAUUUGAUAGCUCAAGCCAAGUCUGGAACUGGCAAGACCUGUGUGUUUAGUGUCAUUGCCUUGGAAAGUGUUCAGCUUGACAGCAGCAAAACCCAGGUAAAACAUGCAACAAAUUAUUUUUUCAAGCUAUAUUUCUUUAAAUUGUAAACUUUAAAUAGACAGACACAAAAAUGGUGUUAUCAAACUGCAAAAACAUUUAUCUCACUGUAAACAUGUCUCUUACAGUUCUAGGAUUCAAGUGAAGUAAUGAUCUUUGCAGCUGAGCUGAAAUUUUUAGCAAUUGCAGAAAAAGAACCUGGAAAAAUUAUGUCUAAACUUGCUGCUCACCUGCAAGAAUCAUUACUCUACUUAAUUUUCAAUACGCAGGUCAACUGAAAUGUAUUUCAUUAGAAAUUGAGUUUCUAACAUGAGAGUCUAUGUUGUAAUCAAAUUUCCCCUUGGUUUAAAACUCCUCAAACCAGUUGAUUUUGUGUUUUGCUGUCUCAUGUUUAUUACUAGCAAUAACCUUAACCUAAAACAGUGGGUGAUAAAGAAAAUUGUAGUGAAAUAUUCUACACCAAGGAGAAAUUUGACCAAUCAAUACUACACAUCUCUACAUAAACCUGCAAAUGAUUCUGUUCUAAUGCAAUCCUGUAAUCAGGCAAUCAUGUAA